AUGUUUGUAGGAAUUAUUGGUCCUCUUUGUGCUGGCAAGCAUAGCGUCGCGAAAUGGCUCAUUUCUAAUGGUUUUGUCCACCUCGGUCUAAAGCAACGCGACCAGACUGGUUUAGAAACGGUAUUCUUUGAUAAAAGUGAAGACAUUUUGAAUUAUGUUACGAAACAUUGGGCGAAAAAUUUCGUGAUUUGCAACAUCGAGAGCAUGAGAACUUUGGAGAUGUUUAAGAAAAGACCUUUCUUUAUGCUGAUCGCAGUAGAUAGUCCAAUAACAACCCGAUAUAUACGCUAUGUAAAUCGGUGUCGUGAGACUAAUAAUAGCGAACCAACAAUAGAAGAGUUUAUAACACGAAGUGAUUGUGAACUUUACAACAUUGCAUACCCUAUAAUAGAUCCAUCAGCUCACAUGAACAUAACUAUAUGCGCAAAUCUUAAUAAUCAUCAGUGUCUAAAAUCGCCAAUCAUUAACAUGAUGCAGAUGGCAAAUUUGAAUGUAAUCAAUUCGUACAAUUCCCUUUUCUCUUUAUACGAAUAUCUUCAAAAAAUUAAUGUAAUCAACGAGGAACGCUUAAGACCUUCAUGGGAUACUUAUUUUAUGCGGAUGUCUGAUCUUGCGGCUAGUCGAUCUAAUUGUAUGAAGAGAAAAGUUGGAUGCAUAUUAGUGAAGGAUUGUCGCGUGGUAGCCACUGGUUAUAAUGGCACCCCCCGUGGAAUUAAGAAUUGCAAUGAGGGUGGCUGUCAACGAUGCAAUGAUGCGGUUCCGUGUGGACUUGAUUUGGAUGUUUGCUUAUGUCUCCAUGCGGAAGAAAACGCAUUGUUGGAAGCAGGACGAGAUCGAGUCAGCAGCGGGUGUAUUUUAUAUUGCAACACAUGUCCUUGCCUAAGAUGUACAGUGAAACUAGUACAAGCUGGUGUCAAAGAAGUGGUCUACAAUUUAUCAUAUGGAAUGGAUGAUAAAACAGCAAAACUUUUAAAAGAAGCUGGGGUAAUAUUGCGACAACACACCGCGAAAAAUAUAUGUGAUUACUGA